UUAUUCGAACACUUGCCUAUAAAUUUGCUGCGCCGGAAACGUUUCGGCCUCUUCUAGUGGUUAACAUGGCGGAACAGAGCGAGAAAAAGGAGAACCCUAUGCGUGAGCUUCGCAUCCGCAAGCUCUGUAUGAACAUCUGUGUUGGGGAGAGUGGUGACAGACUGACCCGUGCUGCUAAGGUGCUUGAGCAGCUGACAGGCCAGACGCCUGUCUUCUCCAAGGCCCGCUACACUGUGCGAUCCUUCGGCAUCCGCAGAAAUGAGAAGAUUGCUGUCCACUGCACUGUACGUGGAGCUAAGGCUGAGGAGAUCCUGGAGAAGGGACUCAAGGUGCGUGAGUACGAGUUGCGAAAGAACAACUUCUCCGACACAGGGAACUUCGGCUUUGGCAUCCAGGAACACAUUGAUCUGGGAAUUAAGUACGACCCCAGCAUCGGUAUUUAUGGACUGGACUUCUACGUCGUCCUGGGCAGACCUGGCUUCAGCAUCGCUGACAAGAAGCAGAAAACCGGUCGCAUCGGUUUCAGGCACCGUAUCCGCAAAGAGGAGGCCAUGCGCUGGUUCCAGCAGAAGUAUGAUGGGAUCAUCCUCCCCGGGAAGUAAAUCACCUUUGGCCUUGUUCAUAACAAUAAAAUAAAUAAAUUAA